UGUAUGUGUGUGUGUGUGUGUGUGUGUGUGUGUGUGUGUGUGUGUGUGUGUCCAGUCUGGUUGUCAGUAUGUGGCGUGCCAACCAGAGUGGGUUGGCAUGCAGUCAGUGUGGGGUCUGUCCUGAGGCUAUGGGCUUUGUGUGUGUCAGUGAGUGGGUGGGUGGGUAUGUGUGUAGGAGUGUGUUCUCUCCAUCCAGUGUGUGCCAGCUGAGGCCACCUGACCGAUUCCAUUCGUCCCAUCUGUCCAAAUGUAAUCUUGGACACCCAGAAAUAAAACACUUGCGUCAGAUGCUCUAAUUAAGUUCUGGGGGGGAUACGUGUUAGAAAAUGAACUAACGAGACUAGAGAAGUCUCCACCCCCAAGACGGAAACUCUCAGUCACCUUCGGGCCUAUCAGCCAAAUGUCCCCUCCCAUUCCAAAAUUACAUUUGAAAGAUGUGAGCACCUGCGAAAUCGGGAUUUGUCCAAAUGAUGAGUCUGUUGGCAGAUACCUGUUAUGUUAGAACAAGAGACGGUGAUAGAGAGCAAGAGAGAGAGUAAAAUCAUGAUUCAUUUUUCAGUCUCUGUGUGUGUGUGUGUGUGUGUGUGUGUGUGUGUGUGUGUGUGUGUGUGUGUGUGUGUGUGUGUGUGUGUGUGUGUGUGUGUGUGUGUGUGUGUGUGUGUGUGUGUGUGUGUGUGUGUGUGUGUGUGUGUGUGUGUGUGUGUGUGCGUGCGCGCGUGUAUGUGUGUGUGUAAAGCUUACCGUAUGCGUGUAGGCGAGUGACUAUGCAUAUGUCUACAUGUGUGUGGGAAUGCAGUAAAAAUGAAUGAACCGCAGCAGCAGCAGCCCCGGAUACACAGACCCGCCUCCAGCCACCCACCCAGCCAUGUGUGACUCCUGCCCCAGAUCAGAGCUCCGAAGCCUGGGGAGGGGAGCCAAGAAAGGAGGGGGUCUUGGCACUGGGCCUAGGCCUCAGUGUUUUGUUCUUGGGGGAGCUGGCUGCACUUAAAAAGGCCAUUGACGUCUUGGCUGCUGUGUGCAAUUUGCUUCCCCUCUCUGUCUGCAGAGUAUGUGGGACACACACACACACACACACACACACACACAUACAUACACGUACACACUCUUGUCUGCGAGUCUGCAGGGGAUCACUGGCAUUUAUUGGACCACAGGGAAAAGAACCGGCUGCCUAAGAGUACACACACACACAACCCCCCUUCCUACGCCCCCUCACUAGGCUAAUCACUUCCUCUCCUCUCUGUCUCCAUCUGACCAUCUCUCUCCAUCCUUCUCUUAUUUAUUCCCUCUUCCUCUCCCUUCAUCUCUCCUCCACUCUUCCCACUCACUCCAUCUCUCUCUUUAUCUUUCUAUCCAUCAUCAUGUCCUGGAUCUUUUACUAUUUACUAUUUAGUAAAUGAUGGUGUCGUGAGUGAAGGUGUAGUGCGUGAAGGUGUAGUGAGUGAAGGUGUAAUGAGUAAAGGUGUAAUGAGUAAAGGUGUAGUGAGUAAAGGUGUAAUGAGUAAAGGUGUAAUGAGUGAAGGUGUAAUGAGUAAAGGUGUAAUGAGUAAAGGUGUAAUGAGUGAAGGUGUAAUGAGUAAAGGUGUAAUGAGUAAAGGUGUAAUGAGUAAAGGUGUAAUGAGUAAAGGUGUAGUGAGUAAAGGUGUAGUGAGUAAAGGUGUAAUGAGUAAAGGUGUAGUGAGUAAAGGUGUAGUGAGUAAAGGUGUAAUGAGUAAAGGUGUAGUGAGUAAAGGUGUAGUGAGUAAAGGUGUAAUGAGUAAAGGUGUAGUGAGUAAAGGUGUAGUGAGUAAAGGUGUAAUGAGUAAAGGUGUAGUGAGUAAAGGUGUAAUGAGUGAUGUAGUGAGUAAAGGUGUAAUGAGUAAAGGUGUAGUGAGUAAAGGUGUAGUGAGUAAAGGUGUAGUGAGUGAUGUAGUGAGUAAAGAUGUAAUGAGUAAAGGUGUAGUGAGUAAAGGUGUAAUGAGUAAAGGUGUAAUGAGUAAAGGUGUAGUGAGUAAAGAUGUCAUGAGUAAAGGUGUAAUGAGUAAAGGUGUAAUGAGUAAAGGUGUAAUGAGUAAAGGUGUAGUGAGUGAAGGUGUAGUGAGUAAAGAUGUAGUGGGUAAAGGUGUAGUGAGUAAAGGUGUAGUGAGUAAAGAUGUAGUGAGUAAAGGUGUAGUGGGUAAAGGUGUAGUGAGUAAAGGUGUAGUGAGUAAAGGUGUAGUGAGUAAAGAUGUAGUGGGUAAAGGUGUAGUGAGUAAAGAUGUAGUGAGUAAAGGUGUAGUGAGUAAAGAUGUAGUGAUUAAAGGUGUAGUGAGUAAAGAUGUAGUGAGUAAAGGUGUAGUGAGUAAAGAUGUAGUGAGUAAAGGUGUAGUGAGUAAAGAUGUAGUGAGUAAAGGUGUAGUGAGUAAAGAUGUAGUGAUUAAAGGUGUAGUGAGUAAAGAUGUAGUGAGUAAAGGUGUAGUGAGUAAAGAUGUAGUGGGUAAAGGUGUAGUGAGUAAAGGUGUAGUGAGUAAAGGUGUAGUGAGUAAAGGUGUAGUGAGUAAAGAUGUAGUGGGUAAAGGUGUAGUGAGUAAAGAUGUAGUGAGUAAAGGUGUAGUGAGUAAAGAUGUAGUGAGUAAAGGUGUAGUGAGUAAAGAUGUAGUGAGUAAAGGUGUAGUGAGUAAAGGUGUAGUGAGUAAAGGUGUAGUGAGUAAAGGUGUAGUGAGUAAAGGUGUAGUGAGUAAAGGUGUAGUGAGUAAAGAUGUAGUGGGUAAAGGUGUAGUGAGUAAAGGUGUAGUGAGUAAAGAUGUAGUGAGUGAAAGUGUAGUGAGUAAAGGUGUAGUGAGUAAAGAUGUAGUGGGUAAAGGUGUAGUGAGUAAAGGUGUAGUGAGUAAAGGUGUAGUGAGUAAAGAUGUAGUGGGUAAAGGUGUAGUGAGUAAAGAUGUAGUGAGUAAAGGUGUAGUGAGUAAAGAUGUAGUGAGUAAAGGUGUAGUGAGUAAAGAUGUAGUGAGUAAAGGUGUAGUGAGUAAAGGUGUAGUGAGUAAAGGUGUAGUGAGUAAAGGUGUAGUGAGUAAAGGUGUAGUGAGUAAAGAUGUAGUGGGUAAAGGUGUAGUGAGUAAAGGUGUAUUGAGUGAAGGUGUAGUGAGUAAAGGUGUAGUGAGUAAAUAUGUAGUGGGUAAAGGUGUAGUGAGUAAAGGUGUAGUGAGUAAAGAUGUAGUGGGUAAAGGUGUAGUGAGUAAAGGUGUAGUGAGUAAAGAUGUAGUGAGUGAAAGUGUAGUGAGUAAAGGUGUAGUGAGUAAAGAUGUAGUGGGUAAAGGUGUAGUGAGUAAAGGUGUAGUGAGUAAAGGUGUAGUGAGUAAAGGUGUAGUGAGUAAAUAUGUAGUGGGUAAAGGUGUAGUGAGUAAAGGUGUAGUGAGUAAAGGUGUAGUGAGUAAAGGUGUAGUGAGUAAAGAUGUAGUGAGUGAAAGUGUAGUGAGUAAAGGUGUAGUGAGUAAAGAUGUAGUGGGUAAAGGUGUAGUGAGUAAAGGUGUAGUGAGUAAAGAUGUAGUGGGUAAAGGUGUAGUGAGUAAAGGUGUAGUGAAUGAUGUAGUGGGUAAAGGUGUAGUGAGUAAAGGUGUAGUGAGUGAUGUAGUGGGUAAAGGUGUAGUGAGUGAUGUAGUGGGUAAAGGUGUAGUGAGUGAAGGUGUAGUGAGUAAAGGUGUAGUGAGUAAAGAUGUAGUGGGUAAAGGUGUAGUGAGUAAAGGUGUAGUGAGUAAAGGUGUAGUGAGUAAAGGUGUAGUGAGUAAAGGUGUAGUGAGUAAAGAUGUAGUGGGUAAAGGUGUAGUGAGUAAAGGUGUAGUGAGUGAAGGUGUAGUGAGUAAAGAUGUAGUGGGUAAAGGUGUAGUGAGUAAAGGUGUAGUGAGUAAAGGUGUAGUGAGUAAAGGUAUAGUGAGUGAAGGUAUAAUGAGUAAAGAUGUAGUGGGUAAAGGUGUAGUGAGUAAAGGUGUAAUGAAUGAAGGUGUAGUGAGUAAAGGUGUAGUGAGUAAAGAUGUAGUGGGUAAAGGUGUAGUGAGUAAAGGUGUAGUGAGUAAAGAUGUAGUGAGUAAAGGUGUAGUGAGUAAAGGUGUAGUGAGUGAAGGUGUAGUGAGUAAAGAUGUAGUGGGUAAAGGUGUAGUGAGUGAUGUAGUGGGUAAAGGUGUAGUGAGUGAAGGUAUAAUGAGUAAAGAUGUAGUGGGUAAAGGUGUAGUGAGUAAAGGUGUAAUGAAUGAAGGUGUAGUGAGUAAAGGUAUAGUGAGUGAAGGUGUAGUGAGUGAAGAUGUAGUGGGUAAAGUUGUAAUGAGUAAAGGUGUAGUGAGUAAAGGUGUAGUGAGUAAAGGUGUAGUGAGUAAAGGUAUAGUGAGUAAAGGUGUAGUGAGUGAAGAUGUAGUGGGUAAAGGUGUAGUGAGUGAUGUAGUGGGUAAAGGUGUAAUGAGUAAAGCUGUAGUGAGUGAAGGUGUUGAGAGUUUUACACACUCACAUACAAUUAAUUCCCUCACAUCUCUCUUCAAUCACAUCCAGUAUAGACAUCUGUAAUGUUUCAGUUUCUACCUGUCAAGCAGAUGCUGGAGUGAAACAACCUCCGGCGUGUGUGUGUGUGUGUGUGUGUGUGUGUGUG